AUGCGAUGUGCCUCCUUGCCCGGAAGAGAUGAUGAUCCGUCGUCUUCACUUCCGAUCGCUCAGCCGAUCCCAUCGACAUCUCAGCUGGUCGAUGAUGAGUGCGCUCGACGAUCGAUGGCGCUCGCAUGUGCGGCUCUUGUUGACAAUCUUGGCUUCUCGCAUUGCGCGGCCACCUCGUUGGACACCCUCUCGGCGCUCUCGAUUUGCUAUUUGGAGAAGUUCUGCCUUCAAUUGCACAACUAUACUGAACAAGGUGGCCGAACACGACCUACCAUCAACGAUGCUCAACACGCUUUUCAAAAGAUGCGUUGUGAUAUGCAAGAAAUCACCGACUAUGUGACGUUAACGGCGCAAACACGGAGGACAAGAGAACCGCCUUUGUUACCAGUGAUUGGUUCAUCAUCGGCGAGGGAUUUAGCGCCGAACGAGCCGAUUCCCGAAAGAGAUUUACUAUUGAUGGAAAGAGGCAAUCACAUUCCUGAUUGGGCGCCCGAGUUGUACAAGAAAGAGAUUACAGUGGAACUCUUGGAGACGCGUCGACAAAAGCAACGAGAAGCCGACAGAAAUCGUCAAGAAGCUUUCCCGGACCGUUCGCAGCUAAACGACGAUUUUCCCGACUUCCUCUCGAAAGACAUCUUCUCGUUGGGAUUGCAUCAAGCGACUAUAAAGAGUGAACCACCACCAUUUCGGAGCAAAAUCCAUCAACCGCUGUCGAUCGAUGUGCCCGAAACGCCUCAGUACGCUUCCGAGUUGCUGCAUCACACGAUUUUGGCGGGUCAAUCUACCGCCUCACCACGUGCACCCGUUUUACGGCUAAAGAUCAGAAAGUCGGAUUCUUGCGACGUCUCAUCGCUGGCUGUUUCUCCAUUCUCUCCACUGACACCCACCUCGGCGCCACCGAAUUUUCAACAACGAGACAUUUUUGCGAACGAUUACCACAGAGAAGGCGGUUUGGCAAGGGUCAAGGAAGAGAGCGGCUCCACGGACUCUCUGGCGUCACCGCGAUCCGUUUUUUCAUCUCAAUCUCAGUCACCACUUCCAUCACCGUUCCAAAUCCCGGCUCUACCGAAGAAAGCGCGAGGACGACCGCCAAAGAAAGUCGCAAUCAAGAAAUUGCCGGUUAAGAAAGAAGUGCCCGCCGCUCUGCCACUCUCUGGACAGGAUCAAAAUAUGGUUCCGGAAAAUGAUGUCAAAUCCGAACUGCACAACGAGAGACCAAAAGCUGUGGCUCCGAGGAGGAUUUCGGCUCCGCUUCUCUCGCCGAUGGUUCUACCGGAAAGGUCGACGAGAGCUCAAAAGCCGCGUGCCCUCUCCCCGCCGCCACCAGCACCGAUGAUGACAACAAAUCGGCGCAAAUCAUUCACUCCGAUCGCACCGUUGAUUCCAAUUGGAAAGCCAUCACCGAGAACGCCGUUGACUGCCAAUCAACCGUCAAUUUUGCACACCAGCAAGCCGCUUGUCUCUCCGAUUACGCCCACUCCAAUUGAAAGCGAGACGCCGACGAAUCGCCGACGUCGAGAGCACCGGCCGCCGAAAAAGUACUUGGAUUUCGAAUCUGAUCUUCCGCCAUCGUUGAGUGGACGAAAAAGAACGGCUUCCGGUGUGGACUCAUCACAGGAUUCCUCUCGAUUCACCCAACCACCGAACAAGAAAGCGAAACAGAAUCGUCUCUCAUUGCCAGCUAAAACAACACCGUUCAAUCAAAUGCCACAGCAAAAGAAACCUCCAGGCCGGUCCUCGUCUCGAGCGAUCAACCAGCGACGCGUCUCGUUGCCGAAUGAGAAUCUCAUGGAAGAAGCAGCUCCGGUUCGCGGCCCUCCCCUCAAAUUGCGCAUCUCAUUCGGUGGAGCGAGCACUCGGAUGACAAUCGAUGAUCCAACGCUUCCUUCGCCGGAACCCCGAAUGGCCAUCGAUAUCGACGUGGGCACGAAGAAUGAACACGAGAAAGGUGAAGCCAGGAAUUUGGAACAAGAGAAAGGACAACAACUGGAAGCUAAUGAUGCGGACGCGGAAAAUGUGGCCGAUGAGGGGAUCUCACCAUCGAUCCCCGACACUCUUGACAAUUUACUGCACCAAGUGGAUCGAAACUCG